UGGCCGCCCAGUCAGGGAGCCUAGAAGAGGAGGAGGAAGAGGAGGCGGCGAGGAAGAAGCAGGGAAGGAGGGGCUCUCCAAAGCAGCAGGGCGACAGGAGCCGGGGGGCCGCCCAGCCUUGGCGGAAAGCCCCCCAUUCCCCUGCAAGGGGUCCCCAAGAGAGAGCAUAGCAGCCCCCCCCCCCCCAAGAGGAGCUCUUUGUGCAAAGCCGAACUUUUCUUUCCCUCGUCGAAGCCGUGGAUGCGAAGGGAAACCCGACAAGAUGCCUGUCAGGAGGGGGCAUGUGGCCCCCCAGAACAUCUACUUGGAUACAAUCAUCCGGAAAUUUGAAGGACAAAAUCGCAAGUUCAUCAUUGCCAAUGCACAAAUGGAUAACUGUGCCAUCAUUUACUGCAAUGACGGUUUCUGUGAAAUGUUUGGCUACUCCCGGGUGGAGGUGAUGCAACGGCCAUGCACCUGUGAUUUCCUCAGAGGGCCUGACACUACACUCAACUCCAUUGCACAGCUGGGCCAGGCAUUGCUUGGAUCGGAGGAGUGUAAGCUGGAGAUUCUCUACUACAGAAAAGACACAUCUUGCAUCCGAUGCUUGGUGGAUGUGGUCCCUGUGAAGAAUGAGGAAGGUGUUGUCAUCAUGUUCAUCUUGAACUUUGAGGAUCUAGCAGCUAUCAUAGCUAAAAGUGCUCGACAAUCUCUACAUCAGCGUCUUUCCCAAGGAUGGCGAUCAGAUUCUUCUUAUGUCAAGACCAGCCAGAAUUCCACAUCAGAUUCUGACCUCAAGUAUAGAACGAUCAGUCAGAUUCCACAGUUCACCCUCAACUUUGUAGAGUUCAAUCUAGAGAAACACCGCUCAGGUUCCACCACAGAAAUUGAGAUUAUAGCACCCCACAAAGUGAUGGAGCGAACCCAGAAUGUAACGGAAAAGGUCACACAGGUCCUCUCACUGGGAGCUGAUGUACUACCUGAAUACAAAUUGCAGACACCACGCAUCCACCGAUGGACCAUCUUGCACUACAGUCCGUUCAAGGCAGUAUGGGACUGGCUCAUUCUGUUGCUGGUCAUCUACACAGCUGUCUUCACACCCUAUUCAGCCGCCUUCCUGCUUAAUGAAGAGCAAGAGGAGAAGCUCUCCGAAUGCAGCUAUAAAUGUGACCCACUCUACAUCAUUGACCUCAUUGUGGACAUAAUGUUUAUUGUUGACAUCAUCAUCAACUUCCGCACCACUUACGUCAAUAUCAAUGAUGAGGUAGUAAGCCAUCCAGCCAAGAUUGCCAUCCACUACUUCAAGGGCUGGUUUCUCAUUGACAUGGUGGCUGCCAUCCCCUUUGAUUUGCUCAUCUUCCGCAAUGGAUCAGACGAAACAACAACAUUGAUUGGACUCCUGAAGACAGCACGACUGCUUCGCUUAGUGAGAGUAGCCCGCAAGUUGGACCGCUAUUCUGAGUAUGGGGCUGCUGUGCUCUUCUUGCUCAUGUGCACAUUUGCCCUCAUUGCCCAUUGGCUAGCCUGCAUUUGGUAUGCCAUUGGCAAUGUGGAGCGACCUUACAUGGAGCAUAAAAUUGGAUGGCUAGACAACCUUGGUGAUCAAAUUGGGAAACGCUACAAUGACAGUGACCUCUCAUCUGGCCCCUCCAUCAAGGACAAAUAUGUGACUGCCCUCUACUUCACCUUCAGUAGCCUUACCAGUGUUGGUUUUGGCAACGUCUCUCCCAAUACCAACUCUGAGAAGAUCUUCUCCAUCUGUGUCAUGUUGAUUGGCUCUCUCAUGUAUGCAAGCAUCUUUGGCAACGUCUCUGCCAUCAUCCAACGCUUGUAUUCUGGCACGGCUCGCUACCACACCCAGAUGCUGAGGGUUAAGGAGUUUAUCCGUUUCCAUCAAAUCCCCAACCCAUUACGCCAGCGCCUUGAAGAAUAUUUCCAGCAUGCCUGGUCCUAUACCAAUGGUAUCGAUAUGAAUGCGGUGCUGAAAGGGUUUCCAGACUGCCUGCAGGCUGAUAUCUGCCUCCACCUCAACCGCACUCUUCUCCAAAACUGCAAGGCCUUCCGGGGUGCUACCAAAGGCUGCCUAAGGGCUUUGGCCAUGAAGUUCAGGACAACUCAUGCACCACCUGGGGACACCCUGGUGCAUUAUGGUGAUGUCCUCACCACUCUAUAUUUCAUCUCACGUGGCUCCAUUGAGAUCCUCAGGGAGGACAUUGUUGUGGCCAUUCUAGGAAAGAAUGACAUAUUUGGUGAACCAAUCAGUCUCUACGCAAGGCCUGGGAAAUCCAAUGCUGAUGUGCGAGCCCUCACUUAUUGCGACUUGCACAAGAUCCAGCGGGAAGACCUCCUGGAAGUCUUGGAUAUGUACCCAGCUUUCUCAGACAAUUUCUGGAGCAAUCUAGAGAUAACAUUCAAUUUAAGAGAUGCAGAUAGUGUUCCUCGUUCACCACUCAGCGAAGAGUAUGCCUGCAACUAUCGUCGGGCACGUCGCCAUAAGCGUUCCCUCUGCAAAGUUAACAAAAUUGACCCAGACGGCUUGGAUACAGGCAUCUCAGACCCAGAGCAGUACCAUGCGUACUCUGAGCUGACCCAGCUACAGCGUCCCCACAGCAAGGACCAUUGGGAUGAUAUGUGCAGUACUACAACACCGUGCUCCCAGACAAGUGAAGAGGAGGCCAAAGUGCCCAGCCCCACCAAGGGUGAAUCUUUCAUAUUGACUGAAAAGAACAACUAUGCACCAGCAGUGAUAAGCCUGAUUAGUGAUGACACCGAGAUUGACAAACUGAUGACUGAUGACAGCCUACCCUUUGCAGCAACACCAUUGGAUGUUUCCAACCUGUUCACAUUCUGGGAGGAUAAGAGGCCUACAUCCCUUACAGAGCCUCUCCAGCAUAUGUCCCUGGUACAUAGCCCUUUGGACGCACAGCCCAUGGAGAUGCCUCCACAUUCUGAUAACAGACCACAACAGAUUGAAUCCAAAUUGGAGUGCCUCCAGGCACAAAUCAGCAGAUUGGAAUCCAGGAUGUCUUCUGACAUGAAUCUCAUCCUGCAGCUGCUGCAGCGACAACUUUCUCAAGUGCCACCUUCAUAUAGCUCCAUCUCACCCUCCUCCCACAAUUUGGCUUUGUACAACAUGGGCCUAAGGAGCACAGAACCUGCCUCACCUGUAGGAGAAGAGGAGCUGACUCCCACAAGAGAGAAUCUAAAUUACUCUGAAACUGAAAAAACCCAGCUGAAAUCCAGGGACUCCUUUUCGAGUGGUGUACACCUAACUGUGGCUUCAGAUGAAACCAUGACAAUCAGUUCUGAGCAAGAGCAUUACUCACAGAUCCUGCCUAACCAAGAGCCACACCGGAGGGCACCAGGUGAACAGGGACUCUUCCGAGGAUCUCGUUUCCCUUCCCUUCCUGAGCACCUUGAGGCACCUUUGGAGCACUUGGACAUUCAGAGACAUCUCUCUGACCCAUUGCUUCCUGCAACUUAGGAAUCAAAUUCCAGCUCAGAGCCCCAAGCAAGAGGAAGUUGAACUGACAAGCUACUUAGCUGAUUUUAAUUGUUGCACUUGGAAGAGGAUACUGAUGGCUCAGGGGAUUACUUGUAGCCAUCUCUUGCCCUCUCUGAAGGGAGCAAAUUUUUAAAAAUGGAGUGGCUUCCAAGACCAUUGAUCUCAGAAGUGGUACUCCAUAAAGUAGACUUCAGGUGCACAUUUUCUCCUCACCAGUUUGAAGAGGAGUGGCAUGUAUAUGCUGACUGUCGUCCUCUUCCACACUCUCAGUCUUGCAUCUGUUAGUUGCAAGCAAUGUGAUGCCAGGGUCUACAUUCACUUGUCUUUCUAGCAUGGUGGGACACAGAUGCAUUUCCAUACUUUAGUCAUAUAAUAUUGAGAUUUUUUUAUGGAAGAGGAGAUUGAUAAGUGAAAAAAUCUUCAGUUAUAGGCUACAAAGAAUGAAUGUAACUUUCUUUGCUGUAUCUAGUAUCAGAGCUUUAUAAUUCAUCAGGUAUGGCCCUGUAAAGGAAGGAAAAUUAAACCAAGGCCAUCCCUUUUAACAUGAAGAUACACUGAACCAUACAUGUUCUGCUCUAGAAGAUAGAGAGGACCAGUUCAUGUGUUUCUUUUUCCUUGCAUGGACAUUUUCUCUGUAGAAUAAAAACUACAGGAUGAAAGGGAAAAGUGUUCACUUCAGUCUCAUGCAGGGAUUUCAAUAGGAUUUUUGAACCUGUUAUUUCUAUUCAGGUCCCUUUCAGAGGCUGUAGUCCCUGACUACAUAGUUCCUGCCUAUGCUUUAAACCCCCAGGCAUUAAAUUAAGCUGUACAUCCCUCUGUAUAGUCCUGGCUGCAUACACGAUUGUGCAGAACUGUGUUCCACAGAAUUCUGUGGCAUUUUAAUACCAAAUAAGCAAUCAUAGGACUGCUGUUUCCACAUACAAAGUAAAUUUAUGGUUCUCCUGAACACCCUGCAACAAACAAAUCAGAUCCUAAGCUACCAUUGACCCAUGUUCUAUCUACUGAUUUUUAAAAUAAAAUUAACACUCUUCUCAUGAACUUUGGUAAACAUACUGGGUGGAGGAAACAUUCCAAUUUAGCUAGCUUUGUACUACAUUUCAGAAGUCUGUCUUCUACUUAGCCAUUUGCUGGGAAUAACUGAUUGUCUGGGCCGGUACUGUACCUUGUCAGGUAUGCAAAACGCAGGUACGUACAAAUAGGCUAUACUUUUUUACCAAUCUGCAAAGCUAGCAUAAGCACAAUUUCAGAAAAUCCUGGAAGAGGAAAAGCAAAACAAACAACUCUCUUUUUUCUAUGUGUAUGUAGACUUUCCCUCUUGGUUUCCCCAUGCCAAAACACUACAUAGAAACAUCGUAAAUGAAUCCUCAAAUCCUCCUCCCCAUUACCACCCCUCAAUUAGAUGCUGCAAUGGCCCUAGGCCAUCUACCCAAAAUAACAUAUUAAAACUCCCAGUGGAGAAUAGCAAGGGAAAAUAACUGUGAGCGUUUUCUUUUCUUUUCUUCUCAGGAGUGGUAGUGUACACUUUGCAAAUAAAGAUUAUUUUGACACCUAA